AUGAUGGUUCCUCGGGCAUUUCGCUUCACCUCCGCAGGGCCGCAAAAGCCCUCGGAACAAAACAUGAAUACAUUCACGCCUGUUCGCUCUGCCUCUCGCCCCGCAUCCAGGACCGAGACUCGGGGUUUGAAUUCCAGCCCAGUCGUGAUCCCUCCAAAGCGUGGCUCGCGCAAUCUCUCCAUGCACAGGGAAAGUCGGAACCGUACGCCGUCCAAAAUCUCAGAUUCAUCUCGCCGGUCAACCUCAAGCUCAUCCAACGAACGCCACAUCCCUACGUCAUUCAACUCGAUGCUAGAUGCGACUGCCAUCCCACCACGCCGAGGCCGGAACACGCGCAGACCUCGGAAACUGGCCCGGGGAAACUACGAAGAAGACUUCAGACGGAUGUUGCAGGAAGAUCUUAAGCCCAAAGAGGAUCACUUCCUCGACGGUGGCAUCUACUCCACUCUGGACUUCCUUCUGAGUCCACCGGAAGACCAUGAUAAACUACUGGGCCCCGAUUCCGAACAUGACUCUCCACUUUCUGUGAGAUCGACGUCAAGUGAAUCAACACCGUCGCUAGUGCAUGGCCUAGCCUCGCCGUCUAGUCUCUCCUCGCCUCCCACACCCCCGAGUCAUCGGUCUACCCCAGAAAAGCGGCAACCUCGGUAUUCACACUGUGAAGAGUGCGCUUUAGAUCAUCCGCUGCUUCCAACCGAGUUUGAUGAGUGUGAUAUUCUCGAAACCAAAUAUGACAUUGUGCCUGUUGGAGUCGACCCAACACCGACCAAGCGAUCUGCUUCCUUCGGACGGUUCGGGGCCAUCAAAUCAAAUCUCACAGCAUCGCUACGAGCCAUCAAAUCCGCAGCACAAACCGUCUCAACAUUCGCAACGCCUUCCGUCCAACCAGAGGACUUCCUCACCCGAUCCCUCUUCGCCAUUGCCCCAGAAAUGACGGAUGAUCGCCGUCCAUUACCAAUGGAGGAGACACCAUCACCAGCCCUCCGGCGAUAUCUCAACCCAACCCCAAUCUCGCCAGCCGAGAUGUACGUAUAUCACGACCACCCCCAUGACACGCCCAAGGGCACCGGGAUGAGCCCCGUCUCCAUCCAAAUGCAAACAUACCGACGAUCCAGCCGCGGCAACAGACGCAACCACUUCCACAUCGCAAGCCGGGAUCAAAAAUUCGUUACUUUCGACCCGGAAGUCCCGCCGAUGUCUCGCUCCCGCGAGAUCCGCGAAAACAGCGACUUCUUGCGCGUGGUUGUUCUCGAAAUGAACAUGCGCCGCUGCGGUAAACUUCGCGAGGACAUUCCCACGCGCGCUCGCAUCUGGCUACCAGCACGCAAGAACAAUUAUCGUCUUAUGGGCCAGUACGAAGACGGCGAUGACAACAACAGUGUCCCCUCCCGAUGGGUCGGUGUUUCAGCCGAGUGA